GGCGGAGCUGGCGAGCCGCGGGAAGGAAGGAAGGCGGGCGGGCGGGCGGCGCGCGGGGCUCUCCAUGGCCGGGGCAGAGCGGGGCGGAGCGCGGCUGGCGCUGGCUUCCCUGCCGGGGGCUCCGCGGGACCCGGUGCAUCUCCUCCCUUGCUCCAUCCAGCACGACGGGCCAGCCGCCGUGGCCCGCUACUUUGCGCCCGCCGUCCGCCGCGAUCCCGAGGCGCCAGACGCAGAGGCCUCCGUGUCCUUCCGUGGCCGAAGCCUGAAGGGGAAGGAAAGCGGUCUUCCCAAAGGAUACGUUGGGUUAGUGCUGGAAGAGGCCAACUUAGGCCUAACAUCCAAGGAACGGGAAGUGAGUGUGAAGUCGACUUUUGAUUCCCUGACAGUGUGGAACUUGGAAAGGGCACCAACUAACAGCGAUGAAAUCGUCAUGGCUCUCGCUUGGCCAGCGAUCGCUCGAGGGAUCCAUGCCCCCGUGACCGAUGAGGAAUGAGGAAGACCAGUGUCGUCAGAAGGGGUCUUCGAGAAAAAUAAGUUGUGCCAGGACUUGCAAAAUGCAGAGUUGGGUGAGAAAGAACACGGAACAAAACUUCAGCCUCUCUUUUGCUGCGUUAAGAAAAGUCCCUUUGCUUAUUCUUUUUCCUUCCAAACUGUAGUUGCAAUUUAUGCUUAUUUUACAGCCGCUUGGGGGGAAAAAUUGCAGCCUUCCUGGAUCUUGGGCUGAGUUUUAAAUUACUUUUAGGUAUAUAUGUAUAUUUGCUUUUGAGGGCUUAAUUCCUACAAUGAUUUGAGGACAUUUUGUUUCCAACUGAAGACGAACAAGGUCCGAUUUAAAAUUUUGGUGUCUGCUGGGUGUUCCUAAACUACUACUGGCAUUUUUUUAAAAAAAACAACAACGAAUAAAACCUCUCAUUGUUUUGAAA